CGCGCCAACGCGGUCCCCGCCGGAGCCGCCGCGUCCCCCCGUGCGGCCGUCGCCCUUCUCCCCGACCCCGAUCCCGCCGGCCCCAGCAUGGGCGCGCGCGCCUGGGGCGGGCCCCGGGCCCGGGCUGGGCUCCUGCUGCUGCUGCUGCUGCUGCUCGGGCUGCUGGCCCCGGGCGCGCAGGGGGCGCGGGGCCGCGGCGGCGCCGAGAAGAACAGCUACCGCCGCACGGUCAACACCUUCUCGCAGAGCGUCAGCAGCCUGUUCGGCGAGGACAACGUGCGCGCGGCUCAGAAGUUCUUGACCAGGCUGACCGAGAGGUUCGUGCUGGGAGUGGACAUGUUUGUGGAGACGCUGUGGAAAGUCUGGACGGAGCUCUUGGACGUUCUCGGCCUUGACGGUGACUUCCCUUCCCCCAUGGCCCAAGACAGCUGCUCCCACUCCAGCUAUCACAUCUACAUUCCAGCAGGCCGAAGAAGAGGAGUCUCGAACAUGUCCCAGUAUUUCAGCCCAGCCUCGGUGGCCAACAGCCCGGCCCGCGCCCUCCUGCUGGUCGGCGCCGUCCUCCUGGCCUACUGGUUCUUGUCUCUGACCCUGGGCUUCACCUUCAGCCUCCUGCACGUGGUGUUCGGCCGCUUCUUCUGGGUGGUGCGCGUCAUCCUGUUCUCCAUGUCGUGCGUGUACAUCCUGCACAAGUACGAGGGCGAGCCGGAGCACGCCGUCCUGCCGCUGUGCUUCGUGGUGGCCGUCUACUUCAUGACCGGGCCCAUGGGCUUCUACUGGCGCAGCGGCCCGAGCGGCCCCAGCCUGGAGGAGAAGCUGGGGCACCUGGAGAACCAGGUCAGACUGCUCAACAUCCGCCUCAACAGAGUCCUGGAGAGUCUGGACCGCUCCAACGGCAAGUGACAAUCAGCCGGCCGGCCGGGGCCCCUCGCGCCAGCGCCCUCUCUCCGAAAACAGAAAAGGAGAAGGAAAAAAAGAACACCAAACCCCAAACAAUCUUAAUAAACGUUCCCGAGCAAGAGAGUGGCGCUUUGUGAGGGUAUUUCUGGCCACGUGUCGACUCCUGGGACACGUUCCAAGUGGAGUGAUAGAUCAUUUGUGUGGAACUACCUGCGAAGUGUCAUGAGUGGAGAAAAUAUUUUUUAAACAAAGGAUAUAACCGUCUUAGCUGUACAGUCAGAGAAGUUUAUCUGUGCAUAGCGCAUAAAGUUAAUUUUUUCAAGCAUUUAAAUACAUCUUUUGUAAGGUUUUUUAAUAAAGGCAGAUCGAGUCAAGUUUAUUGAAACUCUACGUUGAGGGGAAGAAUACGCUGAUUCGACGCUCUGGAAAAGUUUCGAUGCUGGCAUUUGUUUUUGCAGCGUACGGACGGGUGGGUGAGGUCUGUGUGCGUUGUUUUCAUGUUCCCAAACUGUGAGCCUCAUUCCUUGUUGUUUUUGGUUGAUGCCUUAGUUGAUGAGUGUUGUCGCUUCUGAAUGUGGACGGGUGUCUUCGAGGAUAAACCUGAACCUCUUCUGAAUCCUAGCGAUCCCCGCCAAGCUGCCGUCAAUUAUAUCAUUAGAUGAAGAAAUCAUUGUUUGUACAAAACCUGAGAUUUUUUUUUCCCCUCUGUAUUUUGAUGUGUUUUAACCUCAGCGUUUUGUAAAGGAAAAUUCGAGGACCUGACAAGUGUCUUUGGGGUUUGAAGCCAAAAGCUGCUGGGUAAGCCUCGAGGCUUCUCAGGAAUCUCGAUCUGAUGUCCUAAUUCUGCCGUUUGCCAGCUGGGCCUCUGUAGGAAAGGUAUGCUCUCGAGCGUUUUUUCUGUUUCAUUUUGUUUUUGAUUGACUGAAGACCUUAGAAGGAAACCACACCAUAGCAGCUAAUAACGUUUUCAAGUCUAUUGCUGCUUAUAAAGCAUUCUCAGGAACCAUGAGCAGCAAUAAAGAAGCUUUGGAGAAGAUCUGAAUUGUUUUUCCUGCAAUUUUUACAAUACACGUGUGAGGUGCUUUUUCUCUGAAGUCUGUGGUGCCCUCCACUUAGGUGGUCUCUAGGGGCAGAGAGAGGUACAUGCGGGGCAGAUGGCUGCGGGGUCCUGGACAGGGGAGCCUUGCAAGGCUCAGAUGGGGGGCUGGUGGAAACACCCCCUUUCUGGAGCCCCCAAGGGUGUUGUAAGCCCAGGGCAAGGAGAAGUCACAGCUUUUGCAGGACGCAGUUUUGCAGGCUGCCGGGGGUUGAGACUGUCUCCACAGUCCCUCCCUGCCCCUCUCUGCGCCCCGGCAGUGCCCCACAGAGCCCCUGGAUGCUGAUGUGCAGAGACCAUGCCAGAUCGGGAAGAAACAAAACCUUACGGUCCACGUAUCAUUUUGGAGAGAACUCAGCUGUCUGCCCACUUUUCUGUGGUGUUUCUGUGAGUUGUUAUUUUUGGUUGCAAGUAUCUGGAAGACAAAAGCAGACGUGUUUGAGGAUGUUUAUGAAACUUCUGUGUUUAAGGUGCACGUAAUGGGGCCCAAACUCUCCCGCAUUCGGUUCACUUCCUGAAAUGCAUACAUGUUCUCCAGGAUUUGCUUGGGCAGAUCUUUGUCCGUGGGCAUUUCAGCUCGUGGUUUCUGGGUUGAAACCGUUCCAGUUUUGUCACUGAGAUACUCAUAGGCAAAUCUUUUUAGCACAGGGUAUAAAUAACUCUGGGGAGGUCAUCUUUGCCCUCCUUCCUUUUGCUCAUUUGGCUUUUGUGUAUUUGGCGUGUUUAGGUACUAAAACAUUGCUUUGCGUAUGUUGGCCAGGGGAAAGUUAGCAUUCUCUGCACAAAGCUUUUGAGUCUUAAACCAUCACUGGUCUGGGUAUAAUAUCCACUCCCUGCCCCCUCCCUGCCUCGCACAUGAAACUUGAAGGGUACGGUGCUGUGUUGAAAUCUAGACAGGAACACCACUCUAACUCGAGUCAGUCGAGGGGGGCAGGUGCGUAUCUGGGCGUUGGUGGAUUGAGACCACAAGCACCAACUGAAAAUUGCUGUUGAGAAUACCCACCAUUUUACCAAAUUCGCUAAGUGUAGGCUCUGAAGCCAAUUUUACAGUUUGAUGCGCUCAAGUGAAAAAUGUCUUGAUGUUUAAUGAAAGAACCUGCACUUAAUUAAGAGUCUCACUUCAGGGUAGAACCUUAUUUGAAAUUCUGAUAGAAAUCCUGGAUGGUAGGUCUGAAUUACUCUUGCUUUUUAAUGCAUAAAUUUGACUUUUGUUCGGGCGUAUUCUUAACCCCAAAGGGUUUGUGAUUCUUUUUUCUCCAUUCCGUGGAAGGGCACUUGGCCUUCCCCCGCCUCCCCUGUCUCUUUCUUUUCUCUCUCUUUUGUACGUGGAAAAAUGUAUUUUUGUACCAUAUCUCAUACCUUGAAGAGAAACCGUUUUUGUGUCUUCAGGGCUGUAGACUACAUUAGUGCGACACUUCAUUCGAUGUGGUAUAAAACCAUCCUGAUGAAAAGUGCUGUGGAUCUGUGAUAAUGAAGAGGCGGUUUCUGAGAUAGCUUCAAGUUCAUCAGUGUUAAUUUCCCAAUGCUUCAGUAUCACCAUAAAUACCAAGCACAGAAAAUAGUCCAGAAAAGAAAAAGGACCAACUCUCUCUAAAUUGCUGGAUUUGUGUGGAUCUUUUGGGGUCGAUGUUUAGACAUCGACUAAACAUGCCAGCAAAGAUGCUUUCGUGGCGAGUAAGCCUCCCCUAAGUACGUUUUCCAAUACCAAGCAGCAUUUCCUGCCUUCUGGGGUUUUCUUGCUUUACAUUUCAGUGAUAUCCCAUAUCAUUUCUGGGAACGAAGCACAGCCACGGAAUUUCUGGAAAGCUGGCUUUGUGAAUUGUGCCGGGGUCCUUAACUUAGAAAGUGAGUGACGGCAUGGAGAGGUUAAUGUCAUUGGAAGAAGCUUUACUACAGCUCCACAAAGAUGACGGGCACAGCAUGCCAUGCAGGGCCACACGAAGCCUGUCACACACAGGGUCGGGAAACGGGGGACCUGAGACUAUGCCUUGUGACUGUGGUGGGGGGCAGUAACUGGGUGGGGACAUCCCCUGUUGGGCACUAAGUGUAAAUGUGCAGGUCGGGGCCAGUGGUUGGGAGGAUUGUAAUAUGACUUCUGCACGCCCACGAGGGCUGGCCUAUGGGGAAGUUGUACCUGUACCACUUUGGUCAUUAGUCUGGCCCUGUGAUUGAGUGGCCUUAUGGAGGGGUUAGGAAGAACAUGGCAGAUAUCCAAUGCAGAAUCUAAAACACGGUUAAUACACCUUGUCACCAGUGGGAAUCCUGAAUUGCUUCAUUUCGAUGCUUCCUGCUACUGCUGAAGAUGCUUUUGAUGAAUGACAGCUGCCUUACGAGUUGAUACCUCAUAACUUCUCCCUGAUGGGUUUUGAAUUGGCUGACUUAACCGAAAAGCCAGCUCUCCACAUCUAGUUAGCUCAUGUUAAAAGGAAUUCCUAAGGCCCUGAGGUGUCAGUCCCCUCUCCCAACUUUUUUUUUUUUUUAAUUAUGUAUCACCAUUCUGCAAAGGUUUUGUUUACGGCCAUUUGAGUAGUUGGACUUUGCUCCUUACUUGUGAAUAAUAGAAUUAUAUAUUUUGGCAGGACCUAACACAAUUAAUUAAUUAAUACUGGACAACCCUCAGUAUGAUGUAUGGUAUCUGGAAUAAACAACCUUUGUUCAGCAUACUGAAUUCUGUGCUUUGCUCCUCAAUGAUCCCUUGAUAUGUCGGAGAUGCACCAGGACCAGUUUCCCCUUGUGGUGGCGUAAAGAGCUGAUCGUCAUUCGCAUCGUCUCCUGAAACCCUGUGGCAGCUAGCGGCGUUACUGACCCUGUGUCCUAAUGUCUUUUUGCAGAUUUAAAGGUUUUAUUCUAGUGUCAAUUUAAUAUCCGCAUGUGUGUUAAAUCUCUGAAUACCGUGUAAUUAAAUUGAUUUCUUGUGAUGGUGAUGGUGAUUCGUGCUCACUUAAAAUCCAGUGAAGCAAUUAUUUCCCUCUUAACUGGAAAUCAUCUACGUGAGGUGUGGUACCCUUUAGCAACAGUGUAUUCACGAUUCAAUUCGUAUUUUGUGUAUCUGGUUAUAAAUUUUAUAUAGCAUUUAAUUUGACACAAUAUAAACCCAUUUGAUUUAAAUAUAGUGGUGUGAGUGUGUGUGUGUAUGUGGUGUGUGCACAUUUUAGUCCCAGGAGCCUUGGGAAACUGUACAAAUAUCAUAUAUAGACAACAACGUAUAAGGCUUAUUUUUUUUUUGCAAAGCGGUACAUACGUUCCUCUUAUUUAUUAAAUCACUGGCUUUGGUGUUGUGUAGAGAUAUUUGUAGACUGUUUUCAGAACAGAAUUAAAAUAUUGUGAAAAUUA